AAAAUGGACCGCUAGAAGUCGGCUAACAACAGCAACAGUCUUUAAGGUCUUGAAAAACGGGAUAAAUAUGAUCGUCAAUGUCAGACAAUGUUGGAUUUAUCAUCAUGGACAUGUUGUACAAAGUCCCCGAAAAGACACAGAAGUUCCAGGCCGCGCUACAAAUGUUCUGAAAGUGCCCAGGAUCGCACGUAAGCCCUGCCUGGAACGGCGCAGGUGUUAGCUUCCCAUCAAAACAAACCGUGCCCAGUAGCCAGUCGGACGGGGGAGAGAGAGAAAGAGAGGCUGUGUGUCUUUAUUAGAAGUACAAGAGAGCAGCUUAAAGCUGAGCGUUUUUGAAGAUUUCAGCAAAGUGAAGUUUGGCAUGACAACAUGAAUUCGCCUUACACCGCCGUCCAGUAUUAUCCAGAGUUUCCCUUUCAUCGACUCAGGGACCCUUCAUCCCGUAUGUCCUGGAGAGAGGGAUCAUUCCUCACCGCCAUGUCCCAGAAUCAGUCGGCACAGACAUCUGACUUGUUCAGCCAAGAUGUAUUCAACCAACUGUUUGACAUGCUGGACCAAUCUGCCAUUCAUUCAGUCCAGCCCAUUGAGCUGAACUUCACAGACAGUGCAACCAACGGUUCUGCAGGAAACACCAUCCAGAUCAGUAUGGACUGCAUCACCAUGCACAAGCCAGAUGAGACACUUUCUUCACAGUAUACCAACCUGGGGCUCCUGAACAGCAUGGAUCAGAGCAUUCAGAAUGGUGGAUCGACCUCCACCAGCCCCUACAACAACGACCAUGCACAGAACAACGUGACUGCCCCAUCACCCUACGCCCAGCCCAGCUCCACCUUCGAUGCCCUCUCCCCCUCGCCGGCCAUCCCGUCCAACACAGAUUACGCUGGACCUCACACUUUUGACGUGUCCUUCCAACAGUCUAGUACGGCAAAGUCUGCCACCUGGACGUACUCCACAGAGCUGAAGAAGUUGUACUGCCAAAUUGCCAAGACGUGUCCCAUUCAGAUCAAAGUCCUGACCAACCCUCCCCAGGGCGCCGUCAUCAGGGCCAUGCCCGUUUACAAGAAAGCCGAACACGUGACCGAGGUGGUGAAGCGCUGCCCGAACCACGAGCUCAGCCGCGAGUUCAACGAUGGUCAGAUCGCUCCUCCCAGCCACCUGAUCCGCGUGGAGGGAAAUAGCCACGCCCAGUACGUGGAGGACUCCAUCACUGGAAGACAGAGUGUACUAGUUCCCUAUGAACCUCCCCAGGUUGGAACAGAAUUCACCACCAUCUUGUACAACUUCAUGUGCAACUCGAGCUGCGUGGGUGGAAUGAACAGACGCCCAAUUCUCAUCAUUGUCACUCUGGAAACCAGAGACGGUCAGGUAUUAGGCCGCCGGUGCUUCGAGGCCAGGAUCUGCGCCUGCCCGGGCAGAGACCGCAAGGCGGACGAGGACAGCAUCCGCAAGCAGCACGUAACGGAUGCCACAAAGAGCAGUGAUGCCUUCCGCCAGGUGUCCCACGGCAUACAGAUGUCCACGAUCAAGAAGAGAAGGUCUACGGACGAGGAGGUGUUUUGUUUGCCAAUCAAAGGCCGUGAAAUUUAUGAGAUUUUGGUGAAAAUCAAAGAGUCUCUGGAGCUCAUGCAGUUUCUCCCACAACAUACCAUAGAAUCAUACCGGCAGCAGCAGCAGAAUCUACUUCAGAAACAGACCUCGAUGCAGUCUCAGCCCUCCUUCGGCUCCAGCUCCCCGACUCACGGAAAAGUCAACAAGCUGCCCUCUGUCAGCCAGCUCAUCAACCCCCAGCAGCGUAACACACUCACCCCGUCCAGCAUGUCUGGAGGCCUGACUGACAUGACUCCCAUGAUGGGCACUCACAUCCCCAUGAACGCUGACAUGAGUUCACUGAGCCCCACACAUGCACUGCAGCAACAGCUACCCCUGGUGCCUUCCUCCCACUGUACCCCCCCUCCUCCAUACCCCAUGGACAGCAGCAUCUCCAGCUUCCUUCUACGGCUGGGCUGCGCAGGCUGCCUGGACUACUUCACAGCACAGGGCCUAACCAACAUCUACCAGAUUGAGAACUAUAACAUGGAGGACCUGUCCAGGAUGAAGAUCCCGGCAGAGUUCCAGCACAUCAUCUGGAAGGGCAUCAUGGAGCACAGACAGGUCAUGGAUUUUUCCCCACCUCCCCACAUAGUGCGCACCACCAGCGGCGCCUCCACCGUCAGUGUGGGCGCCUCGGAGGCCCGCGGCGAGCGCGUCAUUGACGCCGUGCGCUUCACCUUGCGUCAGACCAUCUCCUUCCCGCCGCGCGACGAGUGGUCUGACUUUUCCUUCGACCUGGAUUCUCGCCGCAACAAACAGCAGCGCAUCAAGGAGGAGGGGGAGUGAGACGACCCCCGCAACGCCCCGCCCCGCCCCGCCCCCCCUCUCACCCCCCCUGCCUCGUCCUCCAUGUUGCCACUUCUCAUUUCACGCCUGCUGUUGGAACAUUUCAUUUUUGCAAACCUGGUAUUAGUGCAAGUCCUGCUGAGAACCAAACACAUAUAGAAAUGCACUUAUUUUUCAUUGUUGUUCCCUUUCUCCUGCUCGCAGAAAUGAAUGGUGUCGAGCAAAUGUGCAUUUUAUAAUGUUCCAAUUUCUUGAGAGCACUUAAGAAAUGCUGAGUAUUUCAUGAUUUGCUUUGAGGUUGUGUUAAAAGUGUCCCAUGAUUCAUUCCCGCGUUAAAUCAUGACUGGAACCUGAGGUUGCAUUAAAGGGCUUAUUAGGGCUUAUAUUUCUGCUAUGGGCCGUAGCAAAACGUGUAUUUUAGUCUGUAAUACUUAUAAGUUUUCACCGUUAUGGUUGUACAUGUUAAGUCAAGUUCACUGGUUCUUCAUUUGUGGCAGAAGUCAGCAUUGAUUGUAUACAUUUCAAACAUUUCCUGUCAGAAGUAUUAUGUCAGUUGAUGGGCAAUUUGUUUUCUACCGUAGCUUUUAUAUUUUUUUUGCGAGUCAGGUCGCGAAGUAUGUGUGCUUCAGUGACAGACGGUCGUUCAUUUGAUGUAGCCAUAUAUAGGCCUAAUGCUCUUGACCCAGUGUUUUACAGUACGGUGAUACUAUGACUGAUGUUUUCUUUGUCCCUGUUUUACUGCUGGUUGCGAUUGCAUAUAUAAGUAUGCCUUUUAAAUUCAUGAACCAUGUUUUGGUUAGAGGUUGACUUCAUUUUAUAACUGGCCAAAACCUAAGAUAUAAAAAUGUAUAUAAAUUUGUAUAGUUCUUUAAUGAAAGUCUCCCAAAAAGGAAAAUGCAUGAUUUUCAUCAUGGAACAAGGCAUACUGAUGUGAAUAUUACACGGGAGUAUGGAUUCAGAGGAGUGCGUGCAGUGUGUGUGUGGGUCCUGCAUCAGCCCGCAGCCCAUUUUUCAACAUCGUUUCAAGUAGCCAGCGUCGUUAGAGAGCAGAAACAUUUGCAUCUUCAUAUUUUUGUACAAUGUAUUGUAAAUAUGUGGCAAUAUACCAAGGGUAUUUGAUAUAAAUCUGAAAUAAAAAAUAUCCAUACUUGCUGUAUUGCAUGUUAA